GGAUCGUCUGCCGCGGACACCCGCCCCCCGGUUUCAGUCCUGAGGUACCCGGCCCGCUGGGCCCAGGACGUUCCAGUCGCAUGGCGGAGUGGUUCGGACGACGCCCAUGAAGUCCUUAGUCCUUCUAGUCGCGCUGUUGCUAUGGCCUUCGUCCGUGCCGGCAUUUCCGAGCAUAACUGUGACUUCUGACGAAGAAAGAAACCUGAAUCACUAUGUACAAGACUUACAGAACCUGCUACUAAGUGUUCCCACGAAGGGGGAGACAGGCCAUGAGGCACAAACCAAGGCUACCAGCAGUGUCGCUCCCACGGGCACGAGGGCGAUACAGUAUGAGGAGAUCUCCACUGACAAGGAUGUGGUACUCAGUCCCCUCAGGGAAGUAACGACGCCUGUCCCUCACCGCGCCAUCACAGUGGAAGACGAGAGGAGAAAACGUACUAAACGCACAGCAUUCUGGUCCAUCAAACCAAACAACAUUUCUGUUGUUUUACGUACAAAAGAACCUUAUAUUGAAAGAGAAGAAGAACCAGAAGCGAUUGUAAGACCAACUGGAAGAACGACGCCAUUGUCACCUGUCUCUGAUGUUGCUAAGGGUCUACAAGUCACCUCACGCACAUCACUUACCCCCACUUCACUUACCCCCACUACACGAGAAGGCAGUGACUUGAGAGACUCCACAGAGCUGGAAGACGUUCCUCAGCUCUCAGGGGAAGAAAAUCUGGAGGGAAUAACGUUUGGAAAACACGCACAGACUUUGAAUAAUGACGACAUUUUGAAAAAAAUUUCAGAUAUUCGUUUCCAGGUGCAGCAGGCACCUCGUGGCGACAGCCUCAAUGAAGAAUCUCGAGAGGACAUCCGCGCCUCUAAAGAUGACCUGAGACGAAGCAUUGCUCUCGCAGCAGCAGCCGAGCAGAAACUGACUAAAAUGUCCGAAUCCCAGAUCUUACCACUCGGACAAACUGGUAAUGAAGUAGAUAACAUUGAAGCUGUUAUUAACGUGUUGUAUAAUUCUCGAGAUAAAAUACCUGAAUAUUUUGAUAUUAAAUACGUGCCACCAGAGAUGAGAGAAAAAACUAGUACAGUAUUCAAUGCAUUGAAAAAAAUAUUAUGUGUAGGUGGAGGAGAAGCUCAAAGCCUUAUUAGGAGGUUAAUAAAGAUUAGUAUGAGACUUUUAAGGCUCCUUAAUACUUCAUGACUUAAAUGAAUUGUGCAUUCAUUCCUAAGAGAAAUAAGCAUAAUACUGAUUUCAAACGAUGUAUAAGAAUAUUUGCUAUUGCAAUUCAGUUUGCUAACAGAUCUGCAUGUCAUUGUUAUAAAAAGUUUUCAUAUGCACUAAAACUCUCGUAAUUUAAAAUAAAAUUUUGUUCAGUAGUUUGUAGUGUUUUCUUAUUAAGUUUUAAAGCCUGUGAAGAUUUAAUUUCUAAACUGUUUAAGCUUUGAUUUUACUUGUAUAAAUUAAAUAUACCCCUUUUGUAAUAGUUAAGCAGGAGACUAUGCAGUAUAGCCGAUUUUAAAUAGUUGCCUAGACAUGUAAAAUUAUGGAUGACUCUGUGUUUUCUAGCCGAAUAGAGUACAUGGGGCUCCGAACUACAUUAUUUGGCUAUAAGGCUGCUUCAUUUGAAAGGUGGA